UGCGUCGCAACUUCGUAGGCCUAGGCCGUGCGUGACAGCUGUCAGAGAGAGAGGGAGUAAGAGUUUUACCUACCUCGGUCAGCAGAGAGUCUCAACUGAAAUAGCGCGAUUCUUUGCUGUGAUCUUUUGUGAUCGUCAAUGUUAUGUUUAAAAAGAAGACUGAAUUGCCUGUCAGACCGAAAAUGCCUCAGAUAAACCAAGUUGUCCAGGACGUCGAGAACGCCCCACCAGACGACCCCGUCUUCGCCUCAGCUGGCAUCUCACCGACGGAUGAAAACAGUGGAGACAGUUUCUCCAUCGCCCAAGAAUUUAUGGCUACAACACAACGGCUCAAAGAACUUGAAAUGCUCUUGGUUAAACAUCAGAAUGAACUGAAGGAAAACCACAGAGAACUUCUCGAAAUGGUGGGGACCAUUCUACAGGAGGCGGUUACAUUAAAAUAAAACUUCUAUUAAAAACUCUUGUUUAUUUAUAAAUUAAUUGUACAUUACAUGUAUAAAGGCACUUUGAAUUUGACAUUAAGUUGUAACAAUACUUUUUUUUAAUAUAAAUAUAUAAACUUUCAACUAA